AUGUAAGUGGAAAUCAGGAAUGUCAAAGUCUUCUUACACAAUUUCUGUGACUACAGGAGUUAGAAAGAGAAAACCUAAGGAGAAAUCAUUUUUGAAUAGGAACAUCAAAAAAAGAUCUCCUGUAGAAGAAGAAUAUUUAAUUGAAUUUUUAAAAGGAUAUAAAAACAAAAAGUACAGAUUUAAUUAGUAUCUUAUUAUAUUUAUUUAGAUUCAAUUAAUUAAUUUUUAAAUUAUUUGAUUUUCUUUAAUCAACCUAAGUAAUAUCUAGAAUUUUCAACAAAAAGUAAAGAAUAUUUAAAUACAAUUAAACCUGAAAUUAAGAGUUUAUUAUAAUAGCAAUUUGAAGAAUAGAAUUAACAAGCAAUUGAUUUGUAUGAAUACAAAUCUUUUGUGCCUAAUGAAUUUAAUCAAACUUUAGAUGAUUUAAUUAAAUGA